CACACACCUACACACACACACACACACACACACACACACAGGCAGGCAGACAAUCACAACGGCCCAUCCACCACAAUGUCGAAAAGGCACCUCUUCAACAGCCCCGACGGGGUCGUGACAAAGUGCCUGCGCGGGCUCAUCGCCUACAAUCCGCGCCUCACGCUCGACGAGAAGAACCGCGUCGUCUUCGACUCCGAGUUCCCCAGGUCAAAGGUCGCCAUCAUCAGCGGCGGCGGCUCCGGCCACGAGCCCGCCUGGUCCGGCUACGUCGGCACCAACAUGCUCGCGGCCUCGGUCGCCGGCGACAUCUUUGCGUCCCCCAGUACCAAGCAGAUCCUCUCGGCCAUUGAGGCGGUGCCCUCCGACAACGGCGCCAUCCUCGUCGUGACCAACUACACGGGCGACUGUCUGCAUUUCGGCCUGGCCAACGAGAAGGCCAACGCCCGCGGCCACAAGUGCCGCAUGAUCAUCUGCGGCGACGACGUCUCGGUCGGCCGCAAGAAGGGCGGGCUGGUCGGCCGGCGCGGGCUGGCGGGCCAGAUCGGCGUGCUCAAGAUCAUGGGCGGCGCGAGCGGCGAGGGCGCCUCCCUGGACGACGUGUACGACCUCGGCGUCGCCGUGAGCCAGCAGAUUGUCUCGAUCGCCGCGACCCUCGACCACUGCCACGUGCCCGGGCGCACGGAGCACGGCAUGCUCCUCGACGAUGAGCUCGAGGUCGGCACCGGCCCGCACAACGAGCCCGGCUACAGCAAGCUGUCUCCCGCGCCUAGCCCCUCGGAGCUCGUGGCCACGCUGUACAAGUACAUGUUGGACGAGCAGGACCCGGAGCGGGGGUACGUCAACUUCCAGCCCGGGGACGAGACGAUCCUCAUGGUCAGCAACUUUGGCGGCAUGUCGCACCUCGAGAUGGGUGCGCUAGUCGACGAGCUGCUCGAGCAGAUCACCAGCCCGCCCUGGGGAUUCCCGGAACCCGUGCGCGUCGUGUCGGGCUUCAUGGAGACGUCACUCAACGCGCCCGCGUUCUCCGUAUCGGUGCUCAACGUCUCGGCCGCGGCGCGGACGCUCGCCCAAAAGACCACCGGAACAAAGUACACGGCGGAAGACAUCAAGCGCUUCUUCGACGCCCGGACAGACACGUACUGGGAGUCGAUGGCCGGGGCGCAGUCGUCGAGCAAGCGGCGACCCCGCGCGGAGCAGUUCCUCAAGGACAACUCUGUGGCGGAGAAGCAUGUCUUCGACGCCUCCAAGGACCUCAAGGUCGAUCCGGCCACGCUCGAGAAGAUGCUGCGCACGGCGUGCGAAGCCGUCAUCGCCGCCGAGCCAGACCUCACCAAGUGGGACACAGUCAUGGGCGACGGCGACUGCGGCGAGACGCUCAAGACGGGAGCGAGCUGCCUCCUGGCCUCGAUCGACGGCGGCCUCACGAAAGCCGGGUCUGUGGGGGAUGUGCUGCUCGAGCUCGAGGACAUUGUGGAGAGCAAGAUGGGCGGCACGCUGGGAGGAAUCCUGGGCAUUUUCUUUGUGUCGCUGCGCAACGCGCUGCUGGACGAGGUGUCCAAGGCAGGAGAUGGUGGCGAUUCCUCGACUCCGAUCGGCGAGAAGCUGCCCCUGGUGUGGUCCGCGGCGGCCAAGACGGCGCUGGGCAACCUGCGGCGCUACACGCCCGCCAAGGUGGGCGACCGGACCGUCAUGGACACGCUGAUCCCGUUCGCCGAAGCCAUGGGGUCGACCAACAGCUUCGCGAGCGGCGUCGAGGCCGCCGUCGCGGGGGCAAAGGCCACCAUCACCAUGGAGCCCCGGCUCGGGCGGGCGACGUAUGUCGGCGCCGGCGCGAAUGCCGCGAGCGGCGAGCUGCCUCCGGACCCGGGCGCGUGGGGCGCCAUGGUGGCCAUCAAGGGGUUGUCUGAUGGUUUUGCUUAGGGGGGCUUGUGGUGUGAUGUGAGAUUUUUGAUGUAUCAAGGGAGACUUGAGGAAAUAGGGGCUUGUUGGUAAUGGAGGGGAAAGGAGGAUGAUCUAGUGUCUGCAGGGUUGUUGUAUUGUUGUGUGUUUAGCAGCGAUAUGAAUAUUUCAAGUUUCGUUCAGAUGGUCAGUCCAUGUUAGGUGUCGACGUCAACUGUGUGCAUAUCCUAUUCCACAGGGUCC